GGCCGCCCUCCUCCUUCCGCUUGCGGCUGCGAGAAGCGUCCCCUCGGCGCCGCGAUGGCGAGCUAUACCAAGGCCGCGCAGCAAUGGGCCACAUUUGCUCGAGCCUGGUAUCUUUUAGAUGCAAAGAUGCAACCGCCUGGAAAAAUUGCAGCCAUCAGCGCCAUCCGACUUCAGGGAAAGCAUAAACCCGUGUACCAUGCACUAAGUGACAUCGGAGAUCAUGUUGUCAUAAUAAACACAAGGCAUAUUGCUUUUUCUGGCAACAAAUGGGAGCAGAAGGUGUAUUCAUCUCAUACUGGAUAUCCUGGUGGCUUCACACAAGUGACAGCAGCUGAGCUUCAUCACAGAGAUCCAACAGCAGUUGUAAAACUGGCUAUCUAUGGCAUGCUUCCCAAAAACCUUCUCAGAAGAACCAUGAUGCAAAGGCUGCAUCUCUUUGCUGAUAAUGUUAUCCCUGAAGAAAUGCGCAAAAAUCUGGUAGAGGAGAUUCCACAGCCCCGCAAAGUGCCCAGGAGGUUAGAUGAAUAUACGCAAGAGGAAAUUGAUGCUUUCCCAAGGCUCUGGGUUCCGUCUAAGGACUUUCGAGAAAGGUAAUAGGAAGAAUGGGAAGAGGAGCCUACAUUCUGUCUCCAUGAGGGCAAAACCUCCCACAAUUUCACAGUUUGGUUGUUUGUAUAAACAUUUAAUUUACCUGCUCAAAAUUGUAAUUUUUUCCCCAGAUAUUGGGGCAGCAUUAUUUUGCAAAAAUAAUCUUCGGUGAGAUGCAAAGCUGAGUUUGCAAACUUGAAUACAGUUUUAAAAAAACAAA